UUUAUUAGAGAUGUAAAGAGUGGUAAGGUUUGGAUGUAGUACAAUAAAUAAAUUAGAAAGUGAAUUGAAUAAAAUUGAAAAGGUAUCUUUUAAAGAAAGAUAUUUAUCAUUUCAAAGAGAAUGGAAUGAAUUCAAAAAUAGAGCAAAAGAAAUGUAUAAAUUUGAUGAAUGAUUUUGUAUUUAGGCCUCCAAGAGUUUUUAAUGAUAAAUUAGAUGCUAAUUAAUAAAAGAAGAUUAAUUUGUUAGCAAAACAUAUAGAAUAUUUAAGUGAGAAUGAAUUUUAAUAUCUGAAUUAUAUAUUGUAGAAAUAAGUACAAAAUAAGCCAGAUUUUGGUGAAUUUUCACUAGGAAUAAAAAAUGAAGAUACUUAAGUUGGUAAUAUAUAAAUUAAAGAUAAGGUCCUGGAGUUUGGCCAACAGCACAUCCUUAAUGGUUAUAAUAAUAAGAAAUUAUAGCUAAAUUAUGGCCUUUAGGAUAAUAAGGAAUUGCAACAUUAUUUUCUGAAGUAGUAGGAUUUGGAGGUGGAGUAGGAACAGGAGUUUAAGGAUAAGCUACUGCUACUGCUUCUGUAUAAGAAGAAAAAAAAGUAGAAACUCCUAAAGAAGCUCCAAAAGAAGCUACUGUAAUUUCUAUAUAAUAAUUAUUUAGAAAUCUAAUUAUGAUGUUAUCCUUGAUUCUUAUGAUCCUGCUUAAAAAAUUAAGAUUAUUAAAGAUGUUAGAGCAAUAUUCAAUUUAGGAUUAAAGGAAGCUAAGGAUUUGGUAGAAAAAUUACCUGCCACAUUAAAUAAAUAAAUGAAAAAGAGUGAUGCUGAAGAAUUGAAGAUAAAAUUAGAAGCUAUAGGUUGCACAAUUAAGUUAGUGUGAGA